AUGGACUUGAAUGGACUCGGGCUGUGGUCGCUGCUGCUGCUGCUGCUAUUGGGGUCCUGGGGCACCCCGAGGGGCCCCCCCCCCCUCUGCGACCCCCGCGUGUUGGAAUGGUUCAUUCUGGAGGCUCGGGACAUGGAGAAGGCGCUGGUUGGUUGUGGACCCCGAUGUGAGCUGCCCGAGGCGCUGCCUGUGCCAUACCCAGGAGUGAACUUCAAUGAAUGGCCGAGGCUGGAGGUGAUGGGGAUGGGGGGAAAUGGGGCGGCGGCGCGCGCCGGUGACGUGCGCGGGGGCGUGGCCUCGCUGGCGGCGGCGGCGGCGCGCGCGCGGGAGCUGCUGGCGGCGGACGCGCGCAUGCGCCCCCUGCUGGAGCGCGCCAACAGCGGCGCGCGCAGCCUGGCGCGCCUGCUGCGGGACAUGACUGCGUCCCCCCCACAUCCUCCCCCCCCCCGUCAAUGGCAGGUCCGGAGCCUGGACAGGCUCUUGGCCGUUCACAGCAGCUUCCUCCAUGGCAAGGUCAGACUCUUCCUCAUGGACGCCUGUGGGCAGCCAAUCAGGCACUGA